AUCCGCGCGAUCAAAACCCUAGCCGCCAGGAUCCAGCCGGUUCCCUCCGCGGCGCCGUGCCGUGGGCGAUCCGCGUCCUGGACGGGCGGGCCGUGUCCCUUUCUCUAUGCGAGAGGCCGGCUUAGAUCGUACGAUUCUGCGAUCGUUGGUUCGCUAAUUGCGGCCGUGGUUGUCUUGGUCUGAUCAUCUGUGCCGUUCGCAGAUCUGUUGCGGGAGCGUGUGUGGGGCUUUGGUUUAGGGGAUGGUUGGUUAGGGAUCGCUAGGGCGAGGAGGUAGGCUCCGGCGGUUGGGGAUCGCGGCGAGGGUUUGGGGUUUUCGUGGGAUCUGCGGGUGGAUUCUCUUCGAGUUCUGUGAGGAAGGAGGAGGUUGCCUCUGAGUUAGAUUUGAUCUUUUGUUUGGUGUGCUCAUGAUUUAGCACCAGCUAUAUUGACAUCCAACUCUGGUGACAUAGGCUGUUGCUAGAGUAGCAAAUCAAGAGCUAAGCAUGGCGGAUUCAAUGGUAGCGAGUUUCUGGGGACCUGUUACAUCAACGACUGAGUUAUGCGAGGAGAAUUACACGCACUCAUCAUAUAUUGCGGAAUUCUACAAUACCAUCUCCAAUGUUCCAUGUGUUCUUUUGGCGCUUAUUGGACUAGUGAAUGCUUUCCGCCAGCGUUUUGAGAAACGGUUCAGUGUCCUGCAUAUAUCAAAUAUGAUACUUGCUAUUGGGAGUAUGAUUUUCCAUGCCACCUUGCAACACGUGCUACAACAGAGCGAUGAGACUCCGAUGGUGUGGGAGAUCCUCCUAUAUAUGUAUGUCCUUUAUUCACCAGAUUGGCAUUACAGGAGCACCAUGCCUACUUUCCUUUUCCUAUAUGGUGCUGCCUUCGCUGUAGUCCAUUUCUUUGCGCGGUUCCAAGUAGUGUUCAAUUUGCAUUACAUUGGCCUCUGUCUCCUCUGCAUCCCUCGGAUGUACAAGUACUACAUACAGACGAAAGACUUGGCUGCGAAGCGGCUUGCAAAGCUCUGGGUUCUUACAUUAAGCCUGGCGACUCUCUGUUGGCUAGUUGAUCGUAUCUUCUGUAAGAAGCUUUCACAUUGGUACGUCAACCCACAGGGACACGCAUGGUGGCAUGUGUUUAUGGGCUUGAACUCAUACUAUGCAAACACAUUCCUAAUGUUUUGUCGGGCUCAGCAACGUGGGUGGGAGCCGAGAAUUACCCACCUUCUUGGUUUCUUGCCUUACGUCAAGGUUCAGAAACCCCAAAAGAGGGAAUGAGUUUCUGUUCAAAUGAUUCAGUACUACCACUGGUAAGCUUAUGCCUCCCAAUGUGCGCCGACAAGCCGUGGCAUUUUUGUAUAUGGGCAUCCAAGUGAUUACGAAUUACAAAUGUUCUGAUGUCACACCGGAUUUUGGUAACUUAAACUGACACCUGUUUUGUACCAUACUUAAUCGUUAAUCAGAGAUUAGAGUGUUCAUCCCGUAGUUUUGGUCAUCCUUCUGGUUUCUUUGCAGUUGUCUUUUGUUAGUGAUAAGACUGAGUUUUAUUUAUUUAUUUAUUUGUCGUUGAAUGGUGUUGAGUUGUAUUAGUUACUACUAUGUGGGGAGGUAGGUCCAUCCUUAUUAUGACCAUUAAUUCUUUUUACUGACGUUCUGAAAAA